UCUGUACUAAAAAAGAAAUUACUCGAUUAUUACAAUUCUCUUAAUAAAGCUAUUUACGCCGGUUGUCCGCCAGUGUGACCGUUGCUUUAUGUAGCUGUCAUUUCACGUCAAUUUCCAACAAAACGAACUAAACUGCACUGCAAUUUGUAAUUUCAAUAUUCGCCAGAUUUUAAUGUACAAAUAAAAACUUGAUAGCAAUCUGAAAUUAAUAAAGCUAGUGAGUAAAUAAAUAAGGAGUAAACGAUACUUGUGUUAUAUGUAUAUGUAAAGUAUACCUACUUCACAAAAUGUUCAAGUUUUAUUACUGUGUCAGUGAAAAGUUAACGGAAGACGAUGAUCAAUCUCACAAACUGAUUGUUUAAGAUAAGAUAUCAACUAGUACAAUUUAGGCAUAACAUUAUCCUGGUUAAAUUAUCCCUGCAUUGGAUUAAUGGAGAUUUAGUGGCAGUAAAAUGCAUGGAUCCUGCCGAGUUGUUACAUUUUGUCUCCUGACUACAGUUUUGCCUACAAUACUCAUAAUCAUACCACUUUAUUUAAGAAAUAUGAAAUAUGCUGAUGUUAUGUACAAGAUAUCUGACUCAGAUGUCAUCCAGAUUCACAAAGGACAAUCAUCAGUGUUUUGUAAAACACAUUCCUUAAAAAUGAACACUACAUUUAAUGCAUUCCAAAUGACUGGCAAACCUGCCUUGUCCUUAGAAAACAAGAAACACAUAAGACUUAAGAAAUCCUUGACUCUUCCAGAUGACACACUGGAGUACUGGGGGUUCUACCUGUUUAAAGGAGCUUCUGUAGAACUGGAAGCUUGUUCCAGGUAUGAGGGAUCUAAAAUAUUAGUUGUCAAAGGUGACAAUAUACUUAAUACAUGUGGCAUAUUAGAAGGGAAUAAAUACAAGAAAGAUGCUCCUCAUGUUGAUAAUCAGGAACAUGUCAUAGUCACCUUGGCAAAUCCUGGUGAAAAGAAAGAAUACCCAAAAUCUUCAGUGCCAAUUAAAAAUAAUUUGAAGCAAAACAAUCUGGGAGAAGAUAUUGAAGCAAUAAAAGAUAUAAAUAAGACUGAUAGUGUUGAAGGUAAUUUGAAACAUAGUAACAUGACAAUGUUAAAUAGUUUACGAUUUAAAAGAAAUACAAAGCCAGUUCAUCAGCCCAAAACUGUCCUUGAUGCUGGAAUUCAUCAUGGUGGAAAUGCAUUCAACAGCACAGAUGGACAAGAUAAGUCUGUGUCUAGCUUUGAAAUGAGUUUACAUGAGUGUUAUGAUAACAACAUUAUUAUAAACCGUGAACUGCCAUACCAAGCUGUUUGUAAUGGUACUAAAUAUUUUGGAAAAGCUACUACUUUAAAAGUUACCCAUGAUAUAUUAAUAGAUGGAUAUUACUAUUAUAUAUUCUAUAGUGAUAAUGACUUUGUCAAAAAUAAUAUACAUGUGAUUUUUGAUAUUUAUAAACCCACUUUUCUGUACACUAAUAUGUCAGAAUCAAAGGUAUGUAUUAAUAAAACAGAGUGUAUAUUUGACAUAGGGUUUUUGAGUGAUGAACUAGUAAUUGUAGAAGUACCUACAAAGGAUGGGUUAUCUUAUGAGGAUGAUUCAUCUAUUCUGACUUCAGUUUGUCACCCUAGAAUGUCUGUAUAUAUCAUUUUCCCAGUGACCGUCCUUAUGUUAAUAAUUUUAUUUGCAUUUUUAUGAUACAUAUUUUUAGUUUUAACAUACUAUUUCAUAGUGAAAACGAACAUUUCCAGAAAUGUGAUAUUACUUUAUUAGAUGUUAACUUUAGAUAGUAGUAAGUUUACUUGUGAUGUGAUAGUUUCUACUGUUGUACUCAUUAGUCUUUUCUUUAUAUAUCGAACCUUAUUAAUGAAGUCUUAUAUGUAGAUGGUAAAUUUUUUAUAACUUAUCAACUGAAGUACCUAAAUGAUUUUAAGGAAAUUGAUAUUUAUAUGACUGACUAUGAGUGCAGUUCAGUAGUCUACAACAUAUUAUUGAUCUAUGUACCUAUUGUAUAUUUAAAUUAUACUUGUUAUUUAAAAAUAUUACUUGUUGGAUCAAAAAUAGGUAUUUUUAUUCCUGCCGUCAGCAGCAUGUUAAUUAAGUGUGUAGGUAAAAUUUCAGUUAGACGAGGCUCAGUGGAGUUCCGUUUGCAAAAAUAGCGGACCUCAUUCGCCAUCUUUGAUUGCUCCCCCCGCCCCCCAUGCAACUUUUUCACUGUACGAACUAUUGGUUUGUAAACAAUGGACUAUUGUUAGUUAUUUAAUAGUACAUUACAUCAGAGGCCGGGAAAAUGAGGAUUUCCGGCCAAGUGGGUAUAUACGGCCGAGCGAGCGUGCGAGCGAAGCC